CACGCUUCAGUGCUCGAGCGGCGGGCAGAGGAGUGCAGGAGCGAAAAUGAAGAAGUUUGUGGCGUUUUUUCUGUGCCUGGUCCUCCUGGCCGUCGUCACAGAUGCUUCACCCAUCAUCAAAGAGAAAUUAGCCAAACAGCUUCUCCGAAGCAAACGGCAGGAACGACCCAGUAAAGCGGGCUACCCAGAUGAGCCAAUGAGGGAGCACAUGCUGCACAUGCAGCAGCUGGAGCAGAGAGCCCGCGAGACCAACCUGGAGCACUGGCUCAAUCCCCACUGCUUGCCUCACUGUGACAGGAACUACGUUCACCCCGUAUAAGCAGCCUCCACUGUGACCAGUGUGAACACACAAUGUGAAGCUGGUGCUGAAAGGAAGGGUCUGAAGGUCCCCAAAGCGCUGCCCGUGUUGUGGAUGGCAUUUUGGUUGAAAUGCAGAUAACAUAUAUGGAAAUGUGUCUAGCCUCUCUCCAUCUCUUCCUUAUUCAUAAAUAUGUCUGCUAUCAGAUAUCAGCGGGUCCUCUGCAAGCCAUUUAUUGAGGUUUUUAAUGUUACUCGUCAUCAGCUUAUGCUUUAAAAUAGUGUAGAGCACAAAUAGAACCUUACAUGUGCUUUGUUUCACUGCUGUUUGGACCCUGGUGGAGAUUGUGCUGAUACGGAGGGAAGCAAAAUAUUUGACUUUUAACAUGCAAAACCCAUAUUCACUUGCAUUAUAAAAAGAAAUAAACUAAUAAAAUGU